CUACCGGCAAUCGUUCCAAUACGAGUACGGUACAGCAGGGGAAGGACCGGUAUUAUACCGUAUAUAAAGGUGCUUACAUGACCAUCCUGUAAAUCCCCAAUCCCACCAAAGUCGCCGCUAUCCCAUGGAUUCCCAACCUCCGUGCUCCAAUCCCCCACCUCGUACCGGAUUUCAGUAUUGCUGCCUCCUGUGCUCGGAGCUGAGAACGACCGGAGAAAAGCGUGUAGAUGCCGAGGCCAAUGAACGCAGUGGAGCCUUGAUAGAUUGUCAAGUCAGGAGAGAAGGGAAGAAAGAGAGGGCGAAGCGUUGAUACCGAUUGCUCUACAUGGCAAGCAGUCCUCUUUCAUAUCCUCUGCGAGGGCCUUUUCCAGAGGGACGGGGGCGUCUGGCAAAUAUUUUAUCUCCUCUUUGCUCAUGUUUGGAUGGGAUUUUUUUUCUUUUUCCUUCUCUCUUGCUUUCUAUGCUGGAAACGACUGGUGAGAGUUGAGGCUGCUACCUGCAAGAAGCUAUCAUCCUCGAGUACGGUACCGGCACUCGAGCGCAUGGGAAAAAAGAAACACCAUAAAUCUUGCCAAGAACACCCUACGGUUGGUUGACCCAGACGUCGCUUCAACCCCACUUGUCCCACAAACCCGUUCUUUAGCUUUGAUACCGACUACCACCCUUGCAAAGACAUGAAUGCCGUCGAAGCCUUGUACGUCUUCGACAACUUUUCUCCCGCUACAACACCGAUUCUGCAACAUGAAUGGAGAUCACGACCAGCUACGACUGCCGCCUCCCUCUACUCCCUCUACAAAGCUCAACCGCCGCCGCGCCCUUCGUUGAUAUACCUGCCAACAACCUCACCGCCUACUCUGCUUUUCAACAUAAUACAUAAUAACCUCUUGUUUCUUUCGCCCACAACUUCCGAGAUAGAACCGCUGCUAGUAUCCGAGUUCUUGCAUCGGGUGGUUGAUGUCCUGGAAGACUACCUUGGAUCCCCGUUGCUGGGGAGCAAAAUAGAGGCCAACUAUGAUAUAGUUGCUCAGCUGCUGAACGAGAUGUGCGAUGAUGGAUUUCCAUUCACGACGGAACCAAAUGCAUUGAGGGAUGUGGUACUACCGCCUAGUCUAAUGGGCAAACUCCUAGGGAGUGUCACUGGUUUACCAAGGUUGGUUUAUCCUAUAUUCCUCCAAUACCUACCCAUCCGCUGCUAAACUGAGUGGCUAGUGCCUCCAUCCCUUCAUCCUUUAUUCCCUCACCAACUAAAACUCUGUCCACAAUCCCCUGGCGCCGUUCCAAUGUUCGUCAUACCAACAACGAACUCUACGUGGAUCUAAUAGAAUUGAUCACAGCAACUAUCGCUCCCUCUGGGCGCUUCCUAUCUGCACGCUCAAACGGUACCAUUGCGUUCAACUGCAAGCUAUCCGGCAUCCCUGACCUUCUAAUGACACUCCAAACACCUGGCAGUCACAAACAAAAACUUGGUGCCCCACCAUCCGGGGGGCUAGGCUUCCCCGUCUUCCACCCCUGUGUUCGACUCUCUCGCUGGAGGGAGCGCCCGGGGGAACUGUCUUUCGUUCCUCCGGAUGGCAAAUUUGUUCUCGCAUCUUAUGAGAUCGACCUUCUGCCUUCCAGCAAUCCAAAGAGCGCAACACAACCGCAGCUGCCUGUUAGCCUAGAGCUCAAGACCGCGAUUGGGCCACAGUCAUCCGAGUUCGAGGCCCGGGUUUUCAUUUCCACUGCUUCUCUAGCCCCUACAACUAAUACCCUCUCAGCAAACCCAUUUGGUCCCAGAUCCAGCCGGAGCCCAGCAUUUGGGGGAUCGAGCAAUAACCCCGCGGUCGAGGAAGUGAGCAUCACCUUCCCACUUCCCCCGACCGUCAAAACACUCACAAGCACACGGUGCUCACGAGGAGAGUUCCAUCAUGAGGGCAGAAAAGUAACAUGGAAGAUACCGACAACUGGUGCAUUCUCCGGAACAGCCACAUUCCGAACUGGCGUGGUCGUCAAGAGUUACGGCGGAGAUGAUAGUGAGGAGGAAGAAGAGGAGCCGGUAGACAAUGGAGAAUACCAGGACGACCAAACAAAAAAAACAGCCAACGUCAACGGCGGUAACGAAGAAGAGAAGGCAAAGAGAGAGAAACACGCAAAGAGGAAAAUGGAAAUGGCUAUGCCGAGAUGUGCCCUAGUGGCAUUUAGUGUGAGGGGGUGGUUGGCUAGUGGUGUUAAGGUUGAUAGCUUGAAGGUUGUUGGUGGAAAGGGAUUGGGAGAGGGAGUAAAGCCUUACAAAGGAGUAAAGUAUUUAACGAAAGCUGGCGAUAUCGAGGUUAGGUGCUAAGGAUUUUGACGAAAGACGGUGCUUUGGGCUGAUAGCUACGGUGAUGGCGGCUUCUGGGCAUACAGUACAUAAUGUAGACGGGCGCCAAUCAGAUAGAUUUGGACGUGGCGAGUUCAGCUCUAGCUUUU